AUGGCUUCUCUGUAUUGCGAUAAUCAGGAAAGAGGUUCUUGUUUUACUAACGCACGCUAUGGAAGAUCGUGUUCCAAAGCUCAAGCUUGUCUCAAAAAGAUUCUUCAUUUAAUUUCAAGUGUCCCACCGUCCUGUGAAAAUAACACGAACCCUUGUAAGAAGAGAGGGUUUGAUAUUGAUCUGAACUUAACAUUAGGUUCUUUUCUCGACGGCGGUGAUGAGAGUGAAGAAAAAUCUGACUGUGUAGCUGAAAACAGCUUCAUUGAAGACAAAACAGCCACGGCCACGGCGACGGAUGCUUCUUCUGAUAAGAGAGGGUUUGAUAUUGAUCUGAACUUAACAUUAGGUUCUUUUCUCGACGGCGGUGAUGAGAGUGAAGAAAAAUCUGACUGUGUAGCUGAAAACAGCUUCAUUGAAGACAAAACAGCCACGGCCACGGCGACGGAUGCUUCUUCUGAUGUCACAAAUGUUCAAAAAAGCAAAGAGCUCAAGAGCAGCAGCCACGGUGAAGUUAAAACGGCGACGUCGGAGACGGCCGCGUUAUAUGAUUCAUUGGGUUUGCUACUAGAAGCGGCGGAGAUGAUUGCAUACGGGGAUUUUUGUAUGAACGGAAAAGAAAAGGAAGUCGAGGAGGCAGAAAAAAGUGGCUGCGGCAUGUCAAUGGAAAGGGAUAAAGACAGAUCGGUUAACGUUAAAGAAGACGGGUUCGAAGAAAUUGAGGAUAUGGCGCCGCCGGUGGUUCGAUCAAAGCGAGGGCGGAAUCAGGUUUUGCCAGUCAGGUAUAGGGACUCGGUUUUGGAGCCGUGGACGAAGCGACCAAAGAUAUCAACAGCGACACCAGCUGCCGCAGUGGUUUCGAAGAAGAAACGAAAGCCGAGGGAUCUUAAUUAAACAAACACCCGAAUUAGAACGACGUCGUGCUGAAGUCCAUCCCGAAGACUAGGAGAGAACAGCACAGUGCAGUGAUACUGAUAACGAUUGGUCAUCAGGUGCGACUAUAUAUUUGAUCGUUAUUUCGUUCUUAUAUUAAACAUAUUA